AACAAUAAUGAUUAAAUAAAAUAAUCAAUUUUCUUCUUCCACUUUCUUCUUCAUUCUUCCACCACUCUCCAUCUAAGAGCUUCCAGUGUUAGCAGCUUCGAAUCACACAGAAAUUAGCUGAACAGAAGCGCGCUUCACUUUUCGGAGCCAUGGUCGGAGGAGGUGGAUGCUUUCUUUCUCUUCCAUUUUUCGGGUCCCGGAAGUCCGAACCCGAACCCGAUCGGGACCCGGUCCUGCUCGUCUCCGGCAUUGGAGGCUCAAUUCUUCACUCUAAGAACAAGAAAUUGUUCGGCUUACAGACACGUGUAUGGGUUCGGAUCUUCUUGUCCGACAUAGUGUUUCGUGAAAACCUCAUUUCUACCUACAAUCCCCACACAGGUUAUACUGAAUGCGUGGAUGAUAACAUCGAAAUUUUGGUCCCUGAUGAUGACGAUGGCCUGUAUGCUAUUGAUAUUUUAGAUCCAUCUUCGAUGGUCAAAUGCCUCCAUGUGGAUGAUGUGUAUCAUUUUCAUGAUAUGAUUGAUAUGCUUGUUGAAUGUGGGUACAAGAAGGGAACCACAUUGUUUGGUUUUGGUUAUGACUUUCGGCAGAGUAACCGAAUUGGCAAGGCUAUGGAUGGUCUUAAAGCAAAGUUGGAAACUGCCAGUAAAGCUUCCGGUGGUAGAAAAGUGAAUUUAAUAUCUCAUUCCAUGGGUGGGCUGCUAAUUUCAUGUUUCAUGUCACUCCACAACGAUACUUUUUCCAGAUAUGUAAAUAAGUGGAUCUCUAUAGCUUGCCCUUUCCAAGGUGCUCCAGGAUGCGUCAAUGAUUGUCUGUUGACUGGAUUGCAAUUUGUUGAAGGCUUUGAAAGCCAAUUUUUUGUAUCUCGAUGGACGUUUCACCAGCUCUUGGUUGAAUGUCCUUCAAUUUAUGAGAUGCUGGCAAGUCUAGGAUUCAAUUGGCAUGCACAACCACAUAUCCAAGUUUGGCAAAAGAGUUCUGUAGAUGGGGAAACUUCUGUUGAUUUGAAGUCGUAUGGCCCAACUGACAGUAUUGAUUUAUUCAAAGAAGCAUUAAGAAAUAACGAGAUUAAAUUUCAUGGAAAGACCAUUCCUUUGCCCUUCAACUUUGAUAUUCUCAAAUGGGCUACUGGUACUCGUCAAGUAAUUGAUAGCGCAAAACUACCAGAUGGAAUCUCCUUCUAUAACAUUUAUGGAACAUCAUUUGAUACACCUUUCGAUGUGUGCUAUGGCUCAGAGUCUUCGCCGAUAGAGGACUUGUCUGAAAUCUGCCAAACUUUGCCUCAGUACUCCUAUGUGGAUGGAGAUGGUACAGUUCCUAGUGAAUCAGCCAAGGCUGAUGGUUUUGAAGCAAUUGAGAGAGUCGGAAUUGCAGCGAGUCAUCGAGGACUUUUGAAGGAUAAAACAGUGUUUCAAUAUAUUCAGAAGUGGUUGGGAGUUGAGCAGAAGGUUAGUAAGCACCUGACAACUUCCAAAGUGGUCGAUGCUUCUCUGAAGUAGAAUUAACAAUUGACAGUUUAAAAAGACAACACAGAAAUAUGUAUUUUAUCCUUUUUUUUAGUUGAUAUAGGAAGGAAGAGGAACCCUUUCAAUUUUCAUGUUCCUUUGAGUUUCUGUAAUAUACUCGUACAAUGUCUCAAUGUCAUGGGAACUUGAAGUUGAUGCUUUAAGUAAUAGUAAUUUAAAAUAUUGAAGGCU